AUCCUAUAACGUAUCAUUUGCUUCUUAUUCCCUCCACCACCACCUCUCGGCCAAAGUCGUCUACCACAAUCAUGCCUUCCACGGAAUCCGACGCAGCGUCCUACGCCACCACUAGCGAAACCGACUUCUACGAACUCCUUGAGCUCCCCUCUUCCAACACACCCUUGACCCCCUCCCUCCUCCGAAAAUCUUACCGCAAGGCCUCCCUCAAAUGGCAUCCGGACAAGAAUCCCUCCCCCGAAGCUGCAGAGAUAUUCCACCUCCUCUCAAUAGCUUACGAUGUCCUCUCGGACCCGGCGACGCGGGCAGCAUACGACAACGCACGCAACGCGCGAUUGGCGCGGAAGCGUAGGAGCGAGGCAUUCGAUGUGAAUCGCAAGCGGAUGCAGGAGGAGCUGGAGAGUCGGGAGAGAGGGGCUAAGAAGGCUAGGGUCGACGGUGAGGAUGCGGAAGAGCGCUUUCACCAGCUGUUAGAGAAAUUGAGGGCUGAAGGAGCGGAGUUGAGGAGGAAGAGGGAGGAGGCGAUCAGGGCUGCGGCGGCCGAGGAGGAGGAGAAUAAGAAGGAAAAAGGGAAGGAAGAUGAGGCUAUGACUGAUGGAGACGGGGAGAUGGUGGAUGGUGGAUGCAGCGGCGAGAGCAGGUUCUCAGAAAUCGAUCGUACAUUGAGAGUCCGCUGGAAGCGCAAAGGAAACGAACACAUCGACGAACAACACCUCCGCAGCAUGUUCUCAAAAUACGGCGCCAUACAGGACUGCGUCGUCCCACCCACAAAACCGGAAAAGGAAAAGAAACUCAGGUCGGCAUUGAUAGUCUUCAUCUCCAUUGUUGCUGCCCACACCGCCAUUCACGACGCCCUUGACCCACGGCUUAAGGACCUCAUCUGGGCAAGUGGUAAAGAGCCGGACAUCUCCCACAACCCCCCCACCCCCGAACCGUGCACAUCGUCGCCCAAGUCGAAGCCAUCCACCCCAGCAAGAGCCACCACCACCACCACCACCACCACUACUGCCAGAGGUCCUGAACUCAAUAGGGUUUCCUCCUUUGCUAGCUUCGCCGGAACUCCGAGAGGAUCCCCGUUUAACAAGAAUGCCGCGGCGCAGAGUCCGGAUUACGAGAGUAUCACGCUCAUGCGCAUGAGGGCUGCGGAGAAGGCGAAGAUUGAGGCUAGGAUAAGGAAGGAGGAGGAGGAGGAAGUUACGCAGGAGGAGGGGAAGGUAUGAGAUUCUAUCAUCUCCCUCGGGUCGUUUCGGGGUGUUGGUUUGUUCAAGUUUUUGCUCUAUUUUUAUUUAUUUUUUCCCUCCACGGUACAAGCAUGGUGGGUUAGUUUUUUUAUGGCAUUUUUUUCUCUUUUCUUUAGGCUCCAAUGGGAUUGCGAUCGCAGUAUUUUAGAGUGGGAUUGCCGGGUUCAAUAGAUGUAUUAUUACAAACAAUUAACUCGCUAGCCUAGUUUACAUUGAGGGA